AUGGCUUCCGGAAACAACUGGCUGGAGUUCUCGCUCUCCGGUCAAGAAAACCCACAGCCUCACCGGGAUAGCUCGCCGGUGGCCGCCAUUGAUAUCUCCGGCUCCGGCGACUUCUACGGCCUACCGACGCAGCCGGUUCCGGACACCCAACUUGGCAUGCCGGGACAUCACGCUUCAUACGGGGUCAUGGAGGCUUUCAACAGGGGCACGCAUGAAACCCACGAUUGGAGCAACAUGAGGGGUCUGGAUUACAACGGCGGCGGCUCUGAGCUCUCCAUGCUCGUCGGGUCCAGCGCCGUGGGCGGCAAGAUCAGGGGCGCCGUGGAGGAGAUCACCGAGCCGAAGCUCGAGGACUUCCUCGGUGGCAACUCGUUUGUCGAUUCCGAGCAAGAUCAGGCCGGCGCCGGCGGCUUCUUGUUCUCCGGAGUCCCGAUGGCGCCCAUGGCUGGCAGCAACAGCGGGAGCAACACCAUGGAGCUGUCCAUGAUCAAGACCUGGCUCCGUAACAACCAGAACCACGUUUCCCAACCGCACCCACAGCAGCACCAGCCACAACCCCACGAGGAGAUGAGCAUGAGCACCGACGCGAGCGCGAGCAGCUUCGGCGAUGCGCUGGGGAGGAACGGUGUGGUGCCCGCGGCCGGCAGCUCGCAGAGUCAGAGCCUUGCGCUCUCGAUGAGCACGGGAUCCGGAUCCUCUCACCUGCCGAUGGUUGUGGCCGGUGGCAGCGCCGCCGUUGUGGGUGCUGCGGAUCAGCCGGAGAGCAGCUCGUCGGAGAACAAGCGGGCCAGCGGCGCCAUGGAUUCGCCCGGCGGUGCGGUGGAAGCCGUUGCGAGGAAGUCCAUCGACACCUUCGGGCAAAGGACCUCCAUAUAUCGAGGUGUAACAAGACAUAGAUGGACAGGGCGUUAUGAGGCUCAUCUCUGGGACAAUAGCUGUAGAAGAGAAGGGCAGAGUCGUAAGGGUAGGCAAGUUUAUCUGGGUGGCUAUGACAAGGAGGACAAGGCAGCAAGGGCUUAUGAUUUGGCAGCUCUCAAGUAUUGGGGCACAACAACAACAACAAAUUUCCCAAUAAAUACCUACGAAAAAGAGGUGGAUGAAAUGAAACAUAUGACCAGGCAAGAAUAUAUUGCAUACUUAAGAAGGAAUAGCAGUGGAUUUUCUCGUGGUGCAUCGAAGUAUCGUGGCGUAACUAGGCACCAUCAGCAUGGGAGGUGGCAAGCAAGAAUAGGAAGGGUUGCAGGAAACAAGGAUCUGUACUUGGGCACCUUCAGCACCGAGGAGGAGGCGGCGGAGGCCUACGACAUCGCCGCGAUCAAGUUCCGCGGGCUCAACGCCGUCACCAACUUCGACAUGAACCGCUACGACGUCAAGAGCAUCCUGGAGAGCAGCACCCUCCCCGUCGGCGGCGCGGCGCGGCGUCUCAAGGACGCCCCGGAGGCCACGAUCUGGCGGGCGGGCGACAUGGACGCCGGCGGCAGCAGCAUCUCCCACCAGCUGACGAACAACGUCGGGAUGGGCGGCAUGGGCCCCUACGCCGGCUCGUAUCACCAAGGGCAUGGCUGGCCUAGCACGAUCGUGUUCCAGCAUCAGCCGUCGCCGCUCUCAGUGCACUACCCGUACGCCCUGCAUCAGCCGCCCCGCGGCUGGUGCAAGCCCGAGCAGGACGUCGUUGCUGCAGCCUCGCACAGCCUGCAGGAGCUCCAGCAGCUGCAUCUCGGGACCGCCCACAACUUCUUCCAGCAGGCAUCGGCGGGCUCAACGGUCUACAACGGUGGAAUUAACGGCGCCGGCUUCUUGAUGCCGGCCCCGGCGAGUACCGUCGUGGCCGAACAGGGGCACAGCAGCACGGCCACCAACCAGGGGAGCAUCUGCAGCUACGGGGACGAUGAGGAGGGGAAGCUCAUUGGGAUUGGGUACGACGCCAUGACGAUGGCGAGCACCGGCGACCCGUACGCCGCGGCGAGGGCUGCAGGUGGGUACGGGCAGCUCCCGCAGGGCUCGGCGUCGACGGUGAGCAUCGCGAGGGCGAACGGGUGCUCCAACAACUGGACCUCGCCGUUCAAUGGGAUGGGAUGAUCGAUGGUGAUCAAGAAAACAGGGGAGAAGCUAGUUGGUAGGGCCGGGGAUUAGCUAGCUAGAGAAUCAUAAUUAAUCAGGUUAAUUAGAGUCUUGUUCGUUGUAGUGUUUCAGCUCAGGGUUCACGACGGUUCUGCUUGGCCGGGUCAAUGAGAUUCCUAACCGUAAAGGCCGGCUGGUGACGUGCAUGCCUUCUGGAAGCUGGUAAUGGCAAGUCAGGGUAAGGAAAGCUUGACUUGCUGUUAGUUUUGGGUAGUUUCAGAAGGUCGAUCAAAGUUAAUCUCCGGAGGAAAAACUGAUCCACGUGUGCGAUAGAAUAACUUAAUUUAUAAUGGAGUGAAUUCCAUUUUUUACUCCCAA